AUGUUGACAUUCAGUCAUCUGGAUGCAGAUGCAUUCGAGAACCCCAAGAAAAACAACGGCCGAAAAAGACCCCGCUGUCGAGAACCCGUGGCCUGUACGCAUUGUCGGAAAUCCAAAGUGCGCUGCGACCGCAAGUCACCAUGCAAGCCCUGCCAAGAUCGAGGGAUAGGCGCACAGUGCACAUAUUCACGUUCCAAGAGUCCAGCGGUCUUGGAAACCGCCAAACCAGUGGUGUCCCCUCGAAAUACAGAGACCGAUAUACUCGCAUUGCAACAGCCAACACCCCGCUCCUCCGAUAGCGAGAUCCUCGAUCCCCGAUCCAUCGUGCCCCACAAUCAGACUACCGUCAGUCAUGCCAAUAACGCGUUCAAAGGGUCGGAUUUCAAAACGAGGCUGAUUGGUGGAACACAUUGGAUGGCCGUGUGCAAUGAUUUGCCGGUUAUAGGGGCGAUGCUGGAGAAAACCAUUGAGUUCCAACCAACCUGGCGGACUUUCACGGAAGUCAAGUCUCUUCUUCGAGUUGCGAAUUCAAUACCCGGCGCGGUGAUUGGGAGCGGGCAGAAGCCGUUCAAUCUUCUUCCCGAUCGCUCCACCUGCGAAAAGUGGAUCAAGAGAUUCUGCGACACAUAUGGUAGGAUCUACCAUGUGAUCGACCGGAACUGCCUCAUCACUGAGUUGGAAGAAAUAUUGAUUGCAUCUGAGCCCAAUGAAGUCCAUGUCCUCAAGAUUGUGUUGGUCCUGGCGAUCGCCAUGCAAAGCGACAAGUCAGAGCGAUUACGGGGGCACUUGCUCCUCCAAGAGGCGGAGAGCCGUAUACAUACAUCCUCGAAAUUCCAAAAGCCUUGCAUCGGCGUCAUGCAGGUUCUGCUUUUAACGAUUAUCAUGAAGACUAUAACUUCCUCGGAGACUGACAAGAUCUACAGUCUCAUGGGGACUAUGGGAUUGACCAUGCAAAUGGCAUUGGGUAUGGGCUUGCAGAGGGAUCCCACUUUGUUCCCAGGUGUCACUCCUUACUAUGCGGAAGUCAGGAAGCGAUUAUGGGCGGUGUUCUUCCGAUUGAAUCUGGACUAUUGCAUUCGAAGUGGAUCACACUUUGGAAUACGAUUGGAGGACGUGGACUGUCCUCUCCCGAGUCCGAUAGACCUACUUACGCUCGACCCGGCAGCCACGGGGGCAUCAGAUACAUCAUUGACACACUCUCAAGAGUCAUCCGAUCAGGCUUUUAAUAUCGCGGCCAUGAAGCUGGCUAUAGUGCGAGCCCCGCUACAUCAACGACUUUGCUCAACAACCCCUCAAUUAUCGAAUGAAGUACGAACUCGAAUGCGCGCAUCCUUCCACAAAAUACUCCGCGAGCUACCUCCGGCUCUGCAAGAGGGCAACUCGUCGUGUAGCCCAAUUGAGAAGCUCCAGCAAGUUCUGCUUUCAGUGCAGGUGCAUAGCUUCAUGAUCAUCAUCACCCUGAACUUUGUCCUAGGCGUCCCGCCCAAUGAUUCACAGCAGACCGAUCUUUUUGAAUCCUGGGAUAACUCAGUCUCUAUUCUCUAUCAGUUACAGGAGGUACUACAAAGUGGCUCUGAGCUGUCUAGUGUGGCCUAUCAUCUGCUUUGGACCGAUCUAGCCCGCGCAGCAUUGACCGCGUGCUCGGUGAUUCUGGCGCAAAGAUAUCACCUCGGACCCGUCACAGCGAAGACGAGACUUGUUCUUGCAGUUGCAACAACAGUCACUGCGGGUCUGAUCAGUGACUUUGGCGGCUCGCAGCAGGAAUCCAAGUUCUUGCAGAUCGGCGUCACGGCAGCUGAGGAUGUCGUCGCUGGAAUGGAGCGCUCUUUGAAGCAAAAAGAUCAAGAGUCAACGCUUGAAUUUCUGGGCUUCAAUGCUUCGGCAACCUCAACUCCGCCAAGUGCCCCAAGUAUCCCAAGUCCUCUUGCGCCGAACUGGAUGGAAAAUACACAACUACCCGAUCCCUUGAUACAGACACUGUUUCCGGGAGAUUGUGACUUCUAUCCUGACUCGGAAUCUCCGGAUCUGGGUAUACAGUUGCAACCUGACCUAUGUUUUCCAUAUCCCAUGGCGCAAUUUGAUUCCACGCCACCAUUGCAUCCACCGCCCAAUGUCUUGUGGGAGGAGCUGUGA